GUCAAAUGCGACAAAACUAUGCCAGAGUGUCGGAAUUGUCUUCGCCUGGGUGUCGGAUGUCCUGGGUUUAGCCCGCAGAGCGAGUUCAUCUCACGCAAGGAGAUACAAAAGUCGGCAGACGACAUCUUCAAGGCUGCCGGCGUUGAAAAGAGACGGGUGGGGUCAUGCGAAGAAUGUCGGACAUCCAAGCAUCGCUGCACCAAGACCCGGCCGUCGUGUCGCCGAUGUAUCCUGCGCCAUCUGCCAUGUGUCUAUCCAUCAAAGCCGGAUAAGCAACAAGAGCGCGAACCCUCAACUCAACCCUCCAGCUCCGUGGCAAGCUCUACAGCUGCUGCCGCGGGCCUCACUUCGACUGUCUCAGCUCAGCCCUUGGAAGCUGGUCACUUAUGCACAGAUACUCUACCAAAGGAUCACGGUCUUCGACUUCGUCUAGUUGAUGCUUUCUUCAGCCGAUCUCACCACCUUCGAUGUCUAACUUUCGUCCAUCAGCCCUCCUUCAUGCAGUCGCUCGAGUCAGCCAGCGUAGCUCAGGAUUACGGAGAGCCGCUGCUCUAUGCUAUGUGCGCUCUUGGCGCUAGACACAUCUACUUUGAUGCGACGUUAACCCUGAAUGGUCCCGAUCGCGACUCGCUUCCAAAUGUAGUCCCUGGGCAAGCAUGGGCUGAGAGAGCGAGAAAGGCGAUACUUGGAGAGAUGCAUGCUCCCACGGUUCAAAAUCUCAUGGACCAGCAUGCUUUGGUCUUCAUUUUACUGGCUUUUCUGCAUCGCGCCAUAAGGCUGUUGAGCUUGGAUUCGCCACACCCCCUUCCCAGCAAUUCCACAACAGCCCAGAUAAUGCAGCGAGAAAUAGAAAACCGCAUCGUUUGGGCCAGCUUCCUCAUUGACAGCCUUGCUGCCAAUGGUGUCGAGAAAAACAUGUGUUGGAAAGAUCACAUACCAAGCAUUCCUCUGCCUUGUUCCGACAAUUGCUUUAAUACAUCACAGCUUUCCACAGCGCAGCACUAUCUUACGCAAAUUGAAGACUCGGGAAUGCAUACCGCCAUUUCGGAGCUGGAUUUAGGGGCUCUUUUGAUCUUGGUUGUGCGCUUAAGAACAAAAGUAAUGCAAAUUAUUCGUGUUGCCGACCUUGGCAUGCGCAUUUGGGAACCGUCAUCACAAUUCGUCAGAAUCAUUGAUCAACUCAUCGCUCUGUAUAAUAAUUUGCCUGAACGAUAUUAUCUGACAGAUGCCAAUUUAUACGUGCUCAAAGAAAAAGGGAUGCUUGGGGCUGCCUUUGCUCUACAUCUCUUUAUACACGCCGUCAUCUUCGACCUCACCCGAAUCUCACUAGCCGGCUUCAACUUCCCUCUAGCCCCAGCGUUCAAGAACUCGCCGGUUGAAUUUCGCGCACACUGCCAGAGCUUAUGCCGCUUCCACGCCAGUCAAGUUUCCGAUAUCAUCCGCACAGGAAUGAACUUCCACCCGAACGCGUUCGACGACCUUUUUUGCCCCGAUGUGACCAUUGAAUCGACCAAAGUGCAGAUUAUUUACGCAGCUACUGUAGACCAAUCCCCCCAGACUUCGCAGGUCACCAGAGACAAUAUUAUCACCAACCUCAACUUCCUUUUGAGCAUUCACAAUCGCGGAAAAGAGGCCCCGGCACAGUUUAUUCGCGGCAUUAUUCCACUGUGCCAUCUCUUUGGCUUUCGAGAUAUUGCGGAGCGAUAUCAGGAGACACUUGGCCUUAACAUACCAAUCGAUCCGGCAGAAGUCACAGGAUCUGCUGAUGAUCACCACCUUUCAGCAUUGGCCUCUUUCCGACGAGGAAGAGUGCAGCUUCAAGAAUCCCAAUCGUCAGGAGGUGCCAAGACAAUGUCUUCAGAAAACGACAAUACACCACCAUUAAUCCACGCAAGUCAAAGCAUCAUAUAUGAAGAUCCGGUAGAUAAAAGCAGCGGCGGCGAUUUUACGAAUUCGCUGCCAGUUUUGAGACCAGUUUACCCUCCGCUAGAGGUGGCGCCUGAACUUAUGAGCCAGAGCUUGUCUCCAAGAAAUGCCCUUCAAAUCAUGCCAUCUGCAGGUGUUAUGGUACAAAAUGGGGCCUUGUUACAACCUUCAGUCGACGACUAUAUCAAAACAGCGGAUGAAAUGUCAACAUACCUGACAUGGGGGAUGCCGGAAAUACCCAAU